AAUUUUAACGAUUUAAUUUAAUAACAGGGAAGCGGGAUUGGAUCGCUGGUUCUCAGGGGGCUGAAUCCUUAACAAACGGUGGCUGCUCAGCACAAGCACGUGCAGGGGAUGCGUACAGGGAGCAGAAAGGAGACGCAGGCUCUGGGAGCGAGGCUGCUCCCCGGGUGCUCGGCUCCAGUAGCGAGGCUUGUCCUUGAACAGUCGUUAUCAAAAUGCCGAGCGGCUCCGAGCCCCGCGCGUGGAGGAGAAGCUCAGUCCCUUAACUUUGGGCCGUAGGUGUGUGUUAAAAGUCUCUGCUUCUGACACCUCUGCAGCCUUGGCCCGGGCCCAGGCUGGCGACAGGCCGAAAGCACUAGGAGUUUGUUGUGGGGAAGCCCCUUCCAGGCCAGGGAGGGGACAAACGGUGGCGGGAGCAGAUCGUGGCUCCCUUGGGGAUGAGGGAUGAGCGCCUCUACCCCAUGGCAGGCUCUGCCGUGUGCUGCGGCUCAGCGCGGUUGCGCGAGCGGCGUGUUGAGCACCUCAGUGGUCUGGUGUGUGGAGGGUCCUACUGGAAUUAAUUGGGGGUGGUCGUUAUUCCCAACUGGAGGGUGCCGGCAUGCGCCUCUUCUCACUACUGGGGUGAGAAACCUGCUCAGCGGACCGAGCCAGGGUCUCUCCUCGCCAUCUCGGUGUCGGCGGGAACGUGACCGUCCCCUCCGUCACCCCCUGGCAGGUUCUGUGGCGUUCCUGGGGCUCUACCUCAUGUUCGGCUACGGCGCCUCGCUGCUCUGCAACCUCAUCGGCUUCGCCUACCCCGCGUAUGUCUCCAUCAAAGCCAUCGAGAGCUCCAGCAAGGAGGACGACACCACGUGGCUGACGUACUGGGUGGUGUACGGCGUCUUCAGCGUAGCCGAGUUCUUCUCCGACAUCUUCCUCUACUGGUUCCCGUUCUACUACGCUGGGAAGUGCCUGUUCCUGGUGUGGUGCAUGGCCCCCGUGUCCUGGAACGGGUCGCAGGUGCUCUACCAGAAAGUCAUCCGGCCCUGCUUCCUCAGGCACCACCAGACCGUGGACAACGUGCUGGGCAACCUCAGCACCAAAGCCCUGGACACGGCCUCCAGCAUCACCCGAGAAGGUAACGCGGGUCCCCCGGUCCCCGCUGCCCUGCUCCACGGCCCGGCUCCGCUGGGACGCGGGCAGCUCUCGUUUUAAGUACCGGCAAGCGGCCAUCUCUCCGUGACCGUGGGC